CUGAAAGUCAGUCUGCGGUCCGUCCAUCAUCCUUCCGGUCCCCCCCAUUCAGUCCAAGCAGGGCCGAUUGCCACGAUUCACAAUGGGUCCGCAGCUGAAGAUGUUCUCGGGGCCUCAGAUGGCCUUCCUCCGGCCGUCGUUAGGUCUGUCGACGCCAUUCACGGCUUUCCCGCUAUCGCGAUGCUUCUCGACGACCUCGCCUGCCCUCGAUUGGCUUACCCCUAAGUUCGCCGAGAGAUCCAAGUCCCCGAAGGGUCGUCCGCAUGUCGCAACUGGUGGUUCUUCCCGCGGUACCACUGUCGUCUGGGGUGAUUAUGGCUUGCGGAUGAAGGACCACGACCGCCGGUUGCCCGCUGCGUCGUUGAAAAUUGCAGAGGAUACGAUUAAGAGACGUCUGAGGGGUAUGAACUACACAUUGUACAAGCGCGUGAGCGCAAACAUCGGUGUCUACACCAAGGGCAAUGAACAGCGUAUGGGUAAGGGUAAGGGAAAGUUCGACUACUGGACCGCGAAGGUUGGCGUGAGCAGAAUCGUCUUUGAGCUCAAGGGUGAUCUGCACGAAAAGGUCGCCAGGGAGGCCUUCCGUCUGGCCGGCCACAAGCUGCCCGGCCUCUGGGAAUUCGUGAAGAAGGGCGACCCGCCGGUCGUUGGACUGACGAAACUUGGCAAUGGAGUGACUCUGGAGAGCCUCAAACGCGCACGCAGAAGCCCGGCCCUCGGUACUCAGGACCUACCGAACCCCCCGACCUCGACCUCGUCCUCCUCCAGUCCUUCUGCUCCCCAAUAAUUCAAAGCGCUUCCUCUCAACCAAACCUCUCACUCACGUCAAUCCACCCCGGUUCACUCACAACGUCAUGACAUCUAAGCCCCGACGCCCGAACCAGGUCCAUACCCUUGUUCUCUCCUGAUUUUCGCCGCCAGCGCAGCACCCUCUUCUGGGGUUUCGGGCUUCAGGUCUUGUGUACAUUAUCAUCAUCCAUCAGCUUCUAGACUCUCUAUAUCUGUCAUGUUUUAUUUAUUUUUCUUUCCCGCUUUGUCGCAGGUGUCGAUGUAUUUUCAUAUGAAUAUGCGGAGUUAGGAAAAAGAGAAAUAUCAAACU